AUGACGUCCGCAGGUGGGACAAGCAGUGACACGUCGAAGUACUCAUACAAACGCGCUGCACAAUAUCCUCUACUGCAACGCAAACCUACCGAAGAACAAGAUCGGAGGCGACAGGUCUUCUUGAAGAAAGUCCGUCAGGUCAGCGAUGACAAGAAGUGGGGUUUCCGCAGCGAACAGAUCUUGAGAAAGGACUUCCUUUCGAAGCAGCGAGAGUGGGAACUCAACCAAGAACGCUCGGCACCAGAGACCCCUCAAGCUCUCGACGACGACGAGCGGGAAGCGGAGUCCGAUUUCACGGAGGAAGUGAAGAUGGUUGAUCGAAUUGUUUCACAGGAGAAUCAAGCGUUCGAGGCGCUUAUAUUAUCAAUUCAAGACAUCGCAGAUCAGGAAGACCACCAUCAACAGAAGACAAUGUCCGAUUACGGCAGUGACGAGGAAGAAUACGAUCAGUUAUUCAAAGAGGUCAUGUCGAGACAGGGAUCGGCGGAGAGGAGCACUGACACAGUUGGAGUUGGCGUCCCAGAACAGCACCAGGAGAUGGACAUUUCUUUGGGGUAA